AUGGACUACCGCAGCACAGGCCGCAGCACCUUUCUGGACUGCGUCGCCGCGCAGGCUACUACUACCGGUUUUCCCAAUGGUCAACAGUUCGACCCAUCGGAGGUUCCAGCCUGUGCUCAGGAGCUAGAAAACGAGUACGGCGAUCUCGCUUCAUUCUCGGUGACAAGCGCAGCAACCGACGUGACGAAGUUCAUCUCAGGGUACACGAGCAGCGCCGAUACCAUCAUCUACGUCACCGGCUAUGGCACGUGGUUGGCGGAACGUCUAAUGCAUCUGGCCCCUCCCAAGGUGACGGGGUACGUCUUGGACGGUAUUGCUACGACCUCAGGCUCGCCGGCCGAAAAGUUCAUGUACACUUCUACUUGGGACACCGACUUUGGCGAAGUCGGCGACCAGUUCCUAGACCUCUGCUCACGAGACAAAACCUGGAGCAGUCGCUUCAAGAAGUCCAAUACUUUGCCCAAAGUGCUACAGAAGCUGCUCGCAGAGUUUGACAAGAAUCCCAACUCGACGUGCGCAACGAUCUUGACCGACGGGACCGUGAUGCCGUCGGUUACCCUACGCAGUACGCUCAGCACAAUGCUGAUGGACGAUGAGCAACGGAAACUCAUUCCACCGCUGGUUUACCGACUGAAUCGGUGCAACAAGAGAGACGUCGACGUUCUGACCAACUUCGUAGAGGCGAGUAGUGCUACUACGAAUUCCAAGAGUCAGGACGACUCGCUCUACUCGCCGCUGCUAUAUUACCUGCUCAACUUCUCGGAAAUGUGGGAAACUCCGUCGUCUUCAAUGCAAGAGAUGGAAAAGCAAGUUGAACCCCAGACGCCGUUAACGUAA